AUGGCCACGCCUUUGCUCGAGAUACUGGCACUGCUCGUGCUUCGCGCGAGUGCCAAGGGUGGAGGGGGCUCUUUCGGCUCUGGUGGCUUUGGAGGUUCAGUGGUGUCCUCUCGUGCUUCAUAUGCCAGUGCUGGUGCCUUUGGUGCAGUCGUGCUGCUUAGCGCUGGCAGCAGGCGGAGGUAUGGCACCUACAACGAUGGCGAUAGCGAUGGUGUGUGCAGCCUACUGACUGAAGAGGAGAUGAGCAGUGCUUGCCUGAACCUGAUGACGGACGCAACUCAGUGCCACGACUGCAUUGCCUGUGAGACGGAAGACUGUAUGUAUGCAAUCGCGAAUUGUGACGAGUACCUGGCAACUGUCUACACGGAGUGCUGCGUAGAGGGCUGCAACGGCGAAGGUAUUAUCACUAUCAUCGUUCUUUGCGUUUUUGGUUGUGCAGGCAGCUUCUGCGUCGCCCUCUUCGUCUUCAAGGUGCUGAAGCACAGGGCCCUCGCGAGGAGCAGAGAGAGUCAGCAUCAACCAUCUAGUCAGCCAUACGGUCAGCCUCAGGCGGGGGCAGUGGUCCAAGGCCGGGUGAUGGCGGUAGGUGCUCAGAAGAACACCAACACCUUGUGA